AGUAGUAAACAAUUUCGUAAUCUCGUGGUAACGAGAACUCAUGGUAAAGUGCAAGUGGAUGAUGAUAACGUGAUUCGGUAGGUGGAUCAGACUAUCGUCUGCUAUUUCCAAGAUGCUGGCAGCUACAGUUACCGUCAGGCAACUGAAAAAUCCAGAAACAGGAAUUGAUGUCUCUGUACCAACAUAUGAGGAAAUUCCAGGAUUACUAACUAAAUCAGUGGAAUACCAAGUUACUGUGGUAACAAAUUUGGCAAUAUUCAAAUCUCCAAAGCAUAAAGAAUCUGACAUUGUUCAGUUUGUGGUUGGAAAGAAAUUUAAUGAGUUUGAAGAUUUGCACACGUCCCUGAAUGAUAAAUAUUCUGGUAUAGCUUUCCCACCAUUUCCUAAAAAGGUAUUAUUAACUACAGAUGAUGUAUAUAAAGAAAGACGAUCCGCAUUAGAUAAGCUCAUGAAAUUCUGCAGCAAAACUGAACGCCUUUCUAAGAGUUAUCUAUUUUUACAGUUUCUUGGUGCACCCCCAAGUAAACUACAGAAAAUGGAAAGUCUGGUUAUCAGAGAAGAUGCUGACGAUGAUGCCGAAUGUGGUCGUACGGAAAAUAAUAAAAAGUUCGUAAAAAGUCCAAUGGAUGAAGUUAACAUUUUUGGUGAAGAGGAAGAGGAACCCCAAGAAUUGUUUCCAGAUAUAGGAACAAAUCAGAAGAAAUUGGAUUCAAACCUUUUUGUUGGCGAUUCCAAAGCAAAAUCUUACAAAGUGAAAAUGUUUGAGGAAGAGAACUUGGAAGAAGAAUCUGUUAAGAGUAUACUGAGUCCCGUCACAGAAGAGAAAACAUUAUCUCCGGAAAACAAAUCCAAUUUAUUUUCAGAUGACCUUCUCCAAGUGGAAGACGACUUUUCGCAACUGCUAGCAGUGAACAAAAAACCCAGGAAGCCGGUGCCAACCCCAAGAACACACAAACCCAAAAAAGCAGCAGAUGCAGCGCAGAUAGCUAAGCAGCCCAGCCCUGUUUUACCAACAUCCGUUGAUGAAUUUGCAAAAUAUAUUGAAGAAAAUACGGAUAGAGAGGAGGUUGACCUUUUUUCAUAACAUCCAUUGAUCCAGUUCAAUCAACUGUUUAUAGACUUAGUCGCAAAAUUAAAAAUCGUUUAAGCUUCCUAUAUAGAAAUCUCACGUACAUAUAUAUAUACAUAUAUAUAUAUAUAUAAUAUAUAUAUAUAUAUAUUAUACAUGUACCGGUGUGGGAUCAUUUAUCUGGCAAUAUAAUAUUUUGAACAUCUUUUAAUUAGGGUUUUUAACUCAAACCUAAUAUCUAAAAUGCAAACCAAAUGAUUUGUUCAGCUUUUUAAUUGGUAGGUGCCUGUUGUCAUUUUAUCCAAAAAAUAAUAUUUUACGAUAUAUAUAUACAUAUAUAUAUAUAUGUAAUUGCUUUCAUCCUUCAAAAAAACCAUAAGAUUAAAAGUCUGCACCUUCAAGUAUUAAUCUUUUUGAUACCAUUUGCCUGACACUGCCUGUUUGAUACAACACCUUUAUUUCUAAAGUGCCCAUAUUUUAAUUACAAACUUCAUCAUAAUUUUAUUGAAGUACCUUUUCAUAAGUUUAUAUUCCAAGUACCUGAAUAAUUAGUGUAGAAAUAUAUGCAAAACUUAAGUUAUUUUGCUAAAUGCAACAAAUUUCUUAAAUCAAUUUUAAUCAAAUCAUAUGACUCAAUCAUGAUUGGAUAAUAUCCAAAGCUUUGGUUAAUGACACUUGUGGAUCCAAGUGGAUCGUUUGUUGAUGGUUGCUUCUGAUAGAACCAUCUGGAAAAGUAUGUCUGAGGAACUCCACUUUUAUUGCCCUCACUGAAAUAUAAGUGGAUAAAGAUGGAUGGAGGGAUGGUCAUUAAUGGAGUUAAAUAUAUAGCAGAAGUUACUUGAACAUUAAGACACCCAUAAAAUGCUUGUAAUGGGUGUGGGUCCUGUACAGUUUAUGAUUUAAAGCAGCACAAAAGAAAGAAUUUAAAAUUUUAUAUUAACAUACUUAACAGACAAAUAAUUUAGAAACAGAUGAUGUAAUUGGGUGAAGCAACAUCAAAGUAGAAAAUUCCCAGUUUAUUGUUUUUGCCCCUUACUGUGACCAAAAACAAGUCACAAUUUCUCCUUUGCAGCACAUUCUAUCUUAAGAAAUAGAAGUCACAUUGGAUACUACUAUCAUUAUGUCUGUGAAAAAAAAAAAAAAAUU